AAUCAACGUGGAAGCAAUCAUCACCCGAAACACAUCACGACAUGGCGACCGGCAAGCUUUGUCGAGGCGCACUUUGCAAGUAAACCGUCAGUGUCCCAAUGGCGCAUCUCGAGGAAAUACCGGCGGUCAUCUUUCUGCCCUCACGCGACAAGUCUCGCCUUCGGCCCCUUCCUCCACAGCUGCGCGGGCCAACCUCGCGGGGCGCGUCGCACACGCCCACUUGAACCUACCUCUAACCACGGACUCCCAACCAUUCAGUUCCACAUACCAUCUUCCUAAACUGCGCAAUGGCCGGCAAGCCUGUCAGCGGCCGUCCCAAGACGACUAUCGAAAUACCUCUCCCUUCCAUCAAAAAGUACACCCGUGGCUCGGGUCCACCGCCGCCUCCCAUUACUCUCGCGCCGCCUCGAGAUUCGACCGCAUACAUCAUUGACCAGUUUGUCCUGCCUGUGCUCAAGGACACGAAGCCAGACUCUCGACGGCGUAUCUUUUACCACAUUGGAUUUACCGACAUCCCGGCUGCUAGGCUUCUGGUCCCAUGCGACGAAGUCCUCGACUACGUAUCCCCGCGCGAGUUGGAGGAAUGGGAGUACGAUGCUCUCCAAAUUAAGGAAGCGGAUAAGGCUGUGGAAGCUGAGCAAAGGCGCAAGAACCAGGAGCAAGCUCCUGCUAAGAAGAAGCCUGGUCGCCCUCCAAAGGCCCGCUUGAACGAGCCAGCGCUUGACGCACCCGCGGAGCCUGUCAUAUCGUUGCAAGAGGGGGACGUCCUGUUGGCCAAGCAGGAGGCUGUUGCCGGCCCCUCGUUAGCUACUCCACAAAAGCGGAAGCGGGCCGAGAUCCCCAGGUUUGAUGAUUCCGACGAAGCGGCGAUCCAUCUCCAACUACAAAACCAGUCACCGGUUCCCAGCGAGGUAGAGGAUAGCGGCACGGACUUGGAGGGCUACGAUUCCACUGAUCCUCUGUCGGCCGAUCUAGGUCCAAAGACUACAUCUUAUUCGCGAGCUAAUAGCUCAGGGUCGUCCGCGCAACAGCCUGUGGCUGGGCCAUCCAAACCAUCAGCAACAAACCCAAGUGUCUCGAGCAACCUUGCCUCGCGUCCGUCAUCGAGUGUUGUUUCCACCCCAGGGAGAAUUCAUCCAAUGUUUGCCCGCAGCAUUGAGACAGGAAGAAUCUCGGUCAGUGGACACGGCGGCCAGAAAGGGGCAGGCCAGAAAGGGGCAGGCCAGAAUGGGGUAGGUCAUUCGCGUGGCUUUGGAGGAUUAAAUGCGGAGGCCAUUGCGCGAGCUUCUCCGUCUAGAGACAACAGCACACGUCAGUUCAAAGCGGUUCCUAAAGCAGCAGUACUUCCUUUUACACACCCAACACAAAUUGCGCCGAUUUCUUUCACGCCUCUUGCGGCUCCCAUUGCAGUCUCUAGACCGAUAGUCACUUCUGACUCUCUAUCCAAGCAGGUUGAAUCUUCCAGCGCAAGGAAGCGUCGAAAAGACGAGCAACCGAAACCGAGCAGAAAGCGCAAGAAGUCUCACAUUGAAGAGCCCACUGAUUCCUGGGUAGUCAAGGAACUACUCGACGACCAAUGGGUAACCGAACACGGCGUCAAGGUUCACAAGUAUCUGGUUCUCUGGGAAGGCAACUGGCCCCCUGACCAGAACCCGACAUGGGAACCUGAGGACAACAUUGAUGACCAGGGCCUCAUCAAGACAUACCUGAAAAAGAAGGAAAGCGGGAUGCUAAAAGCCCCCAAGAAAACACAGCGGUCCAUGCUGUCGUAUCUCUCGCAGCCCCAGUACUCGAGUGUUGCCGAAGCAUUUGAAGGCGAUAUCGACGAACUACAGCCAGAAGCUGCAGCUGUGACACCGGAAAGUGAUUCGGAUGACGGUGAUGAGCUUUUGGUGACGGAAGAGCCUGUCGCCAAGACACAGAAGAAUGGGAACGGGGAGAAGAGUAGCAGUUUCACCUCGUUCGAUUCGAAGCUGGAGCAGUACCAGAAGACAUUCCCAAGGUGAUGAGGAAGAUGCUCAGGCCUAUGAUCGGGGUGCUAAAGGGCACGCACUUUCUUUUUGCUGGAGAAGUAUGCUUGAAAUACACUACGUUCUUGGGAUGAACCUAAUCGAGUAACCCUAUGGGCAGAGUGAUGGCUCGCUAACAUCGCUGUUUCGCGGCUAUCGAACUCGGAGGAUCACAAGCCAUGCCGUAAUCUGAUACUAUGUCGCUAUGUUCCUGUCCCGCCAGUUUUCAUCCCACCAAUUUCGGAUAGACUGGAUAGAGGAGACUGUUUCGACGGUGAUUCGGGUGGUAUCACAGAAGGCUGGAUGCAUGAAACAUGUUGGACCUGGCGGGAGCGGCAAUGGGCAAAAUAGCUCGGUUGGCAUGAAGAACCCAUAGACAAGUACGGACAGCCAGAGUCGAGAUCUUGGGUUGCUGGUAUAUGUAUUCUCAUUGCACAGAACCCCAACCGCUACAAGCUUCAGCGAAUUACAACUCACCAUCAACUUCUCCGUGUUUUCCACCCAUCCAGACAUUUCCGACGGGCGUACUAUGUCUAGAGACAGCCUUGUUCUGGAGACAUGGAAAUCAUCAUGAUCUAUCAUUUUACAACAAUACCUCCAUGCAGCUUUCACCCUUGAAACAAAUAUACCUCUAUCCUCC